AUGGCGACUAACACUACUAUGCCCGCAAAGAACGAGUAUGCUAGAAGUCGUAUAGGCCAGCCUUUAGUUCGAAGGCCGUCCAUUGAUCCCUCCAAACUCUUACCCAUGGACAAGACUGAACACAUUGGAGGUCACGACGUUUUCAAUGUUCUCUUCGUCGGCGCCGGUAAUAUUAUGUUUGGAUCACCCGAGGGUCCAUGGAAUCAUUCCUUCCGUCUCGAGCAUAAACUUGGGCCGCGCUUGAAGGUCGUCGCGCUGAUUGACCCUGACACACGACGAGCGAAUGAAGUUCUUGGCAAAAAGCGGGACUCGUUCGUCGUUUCUGCCUAUCAGAACACCAGGGUAUGCAAGAACCUCGAGGAAUUUGUCCAGACCAUGACUCCCAAGGAGACGCCUCGAGCCGUCGUCAUUGGGAGUCCCCCUAUGUUCAGAGGCACCGAAAAGCCGGGAAGGAACAUCGAAAUACAACUUCUGGAACACUUCCCAGACGUCGCAUUGUUCGUGGAGAAGCCGGUUGCGACAGGUCCUCUUGAAGAGAUGAAAGAUUCCUAUGCAGUUGCGAAAGCAAUAAGCGACCGCGAGACCAUUUGCUCCGUCGGUUACAUGUUGCGUUAUCUCAAGGCCGUCCAGAUGAUGAAGAAAAUUAUUCACGACAACCAUCUUACUGUCAUGUGCACCAUCGCUCGCUAUGCUUGCGCAUAUGAGGCCAUUGCAAAGCCUGACUGGUGGGACAAGUCCAAGAGUUUCGGGCCUGUGAUUGAACAAGGAACGCACUUCUGCGAUCUCUCUCGUUACUUCGGUGGCGAAGUCGAUUUGUCCACGGUGGUGGCUCACUCCCUCGAAUGGGAUGAACAUGCUGGUCAACUGUCCAAAAUGACUGUCGAUGAAAGCAAGAUCGCACCAGAGAAUAGAAUCCCUCGUGUUACUUCCGCGACCUGGAAAUAUGAGAAUGGUGCUGUGGGCAACUUUGUGCACGUGGUCGCCUUGCAAGGCCAGAACUACAGUUGCGAACUCGAGGUCUACGCGGAUGGCUAUAACCUAAAGCUCGUGAACCCCUAUGUCCAGCCCAUCCUCUAUAUUCGCCAGCCAGGAGACGACAACGAAACUCAAAUGACCUUCCCUGACGAUGAUCCCUUCUUCUCAGAAAUUUCAAACUUUAUCGACAAGAUCGAAGAUGAUGACUCGGAAUCGGGCAAUAUUCUCAGCAAUUAUGAAGAUGCCGUCCGAACAUACGAGUUGACUUGGGCUAUCCGUACCGCUGCUGAAGCGUCGAGGGCGAAAACGAAGGCUUUGGCCCAGUGA